AUGCACUAUCUAUACCUCCUAGUAAAAUCUGCGAUGGUUGUUGGCGCCUUUCCAAUCGGAUGGGAGAUGUAUGGGUUUUGGCAAGACCACCUAAUGACCCGGCAUCUCCUCCUCUUAACUGAAUGGACCUCUCGCGCUCUUAACUUUAAGAAGGUAAUAGGCGCUGUCUUCCUUAACUUUGGAAAAACAUUUAAUCAAGUUUGGCGGGAAGGUCUGCUGCACAAACCGCGCUCAUUAUCCGUUCCUCGUGGCCUUUAUAAUGUGCUGAAGUCAUAUCCAAACGGUCGCGCCUUCAGUAUGUGCACGGGAGAUACACCGUUGCCGCUGCCAUCUCUGGCAACAGGGGCCCCUUCUUUCGCCCCAUUUAUUUGCAAUUUAUAUGAGCGCCAUGCCCUUGCCGUCGAAUUCCAACACGAAUCGCCCUCUACGCCGAUGAUACGAUCAUUUACUCAUCGCAUCUACAGCGUUCUCUUGACGCCGUUGCUGAUUAGUGUGGUAAUUAGAAGUUGCUAUAUAUGCAAUGAAGAGCGAAGUGCUUUUAAUAACAAAAAAUACGGUCCCUUGUUGGCGCUCUUAACCCUAGAUGGCGGGAAGUUUCCGUGGUGUGCUCAAGCGAAAUACUUAGGAGUCAUCAUUGACAACAAUUUUUCCUGGCAGCCACACGGGGGCUAUGUAGUGGCGGAGUUCAAGGCAGCAACGAAGGCGCUUUACCCUUUAUUAUGCGGCUGA